AUGCACUCCCCUGGAAAUGGAGCUUCUUCUGGUGACAGAAAGCUUAAUGCUGCAAAAGCAACUCUGAACCCCAACGCCACAGAAUUUGUUCCUUUUGCCCUCAGGUCACCUUCUGCUAGCAUAAGCAGCUCAGGGGCAUGUUCAAAGUUCGCUAACGCCAAACCUUUCACACCUGGGAAAAGUGUAUUAGACAGAUCAGGAUCGUCUGCUUCAAUCAAUUCCGACGAUGAAGCACAACAGUACUGGCGCCAUCAGCUUCCCGAUGAUAUAACUCCUGAUUUUAAGGUCAUGGGAUCAGAGGACACUCAAGGAGUCAAUAGCUUACCAUUUUCAAGCUUAUCGUUGACUGAUAUUAAUGAAGGUUCAAGAUAUUCUGCUUCAACGGGAGUUUCUCCUCAUCCUAUUAAUGGUAACAAUCAAGCUGAAAAGCUGAGAUUCUCACCUUAUGGAGAAUAUGCAUCUCCAACUGAUUUCCAUCCGUUGCCCGGCAAACCAUGGGACCCACCAAUUGUAGGAAAUGAUCAGCUUCUUGCUCGAGAAGUACAUGAAGGUGGAAAUUCGGGACAUGACUAUCUGGGUAAAGUGUCAAGUGAGCAGUUAUUCUACGACAAUCCAGAUGUGAACCCUCUUGACCUUUUAGCUUCGCAAUUUCCGGGCUUUGCUGCGGAAAGUCUUGCGGAGGUGUAUUUUGCUAAUGCCGGGGAUUUAAAUCUUACUAUUGAAAUGCUUACUCAGCUCGAGCUUCAGGUCGAUGGUGGAUUAAAUCAAAGUCUCAACUCAAAAGCCUUGUCCUCUCCAAAUCUUAGUGCCAUGGACUUUCCAGCUCUUACUUCCAGGGUCGAUCAGAACGAUUUAUCAAAAUUUGGAGGUGAUAGCCUCCAUCGAAAUGGUGGUUCCACACUAUUAUUCAGAUCUAAUUCCUUUGCUCCAAGAGGUGCCACAGAUUUUGCUUCAGCUGUGAGAAAAAUGACGUCUCAAGAUUCCAACAUAUGGAAGUAUGAAAGAAAUGGUUCUUCGGGUGCAACCAUUGGAUCAAGUAGAAGUUCCCAAGUUUUGGCUAGCUCUUAUAAUGGGGCUCCUAACAGGAGUGUGCACGGUGAUAAGUAUCAGAGUCGAGGAUCAGCUCACGCGCCUCCAGUUUGGCUUGAAACGGGAGAAUCUGUCGCGAAUAUGUACUCUGAAAUGCGGGAGGAAGCUCGUGAUCAUGCACGUGUGCGUAAUGUGUACUUUGAACAGGCACGGCAAGCAUACCUUAUUGGUAACAAGGCCUUAGCCAAGGAGUUGAGCAUGAAAGGACAGUUGCACAACAUGCAGAUGAAAGCAGCUCACGGGAAGGCACAGGAAACUAUAUAUCGUCAGAGGAAUUCAGAUAUUCAGACAAAUGGGAGAGAAAAAAUGAUCGAUCUUCAUGGUCUGCAUGUGAGUGAAGCUAUUCAUGUGCUCAAGCGUGAACUAGCUGUGAUGAGAAAUGCCGCCAGGUCAAUGGACCAACGCCUUCUUGUCUUCAUAUGUGUGGGGACAGGUCACCACACGCGAGGUUCACGUACUCCUGCCCGACUACCGAUUGCAGUCCAAAGGUACCUUCUAGAAGAAGAGGGUCUCGACUUUUCUGAGCCUCAGCCGGGGCUCCUUCGAGUUGUAAUAUACUGA